AUGAAAGAUGCGGGUUGGCUUAUUGUUCAUAAUGAAGAUGGACAAUUAGUUAGUGUCUGUUUGUAUUGUAAAAAAGGAUGCACAGGAUGGAAUCAUCGGCAUGAUCCAUAUAAAGUUCAUAAAUAUCUAUCCCCAAAUUGUGUUUUUAUCUUAUUUACUUGUAAAAUUUCAACACCCUUGUCACCUAUUGUUGAGUCAAUACCACGUCGUGAACAAGUUCGACCAUCAUCACAUCCAAUGGCAAUAUUACCCGAAAGAAUAAAUACAUUUAAACAAUGGCCAUCUGUAUCACUUCAUCCAUCAUUUGAUAUUCUUGCUGAUGCUGGUCUCUUUUAUAAUGGUCAUGGUACCAUAGUUGAAUGUUUUUCAUGCCAAGGUCAAUUAUCUGUCGUCGGAAUAAAUGAUAAUCCGAUGACAGCACAUAUUCAUCGAUGUAAAUAUGCUAAACAUUUAAGAGAUCAAUCCCAACCAGUUCCUCUUCAGAUACAAGCAUCACAUAAAAUUUAUGAAUUAAUUGAAAAAAGAGUGAAUAAUACAACUUUUUAUUUUUUACAAUGUACCUCUACUUCAGUACCUCUAAUACUUUUAUCCGUUCUUAUGUUUCUUCCAAAUGGAUUAGAAUUCGAAACUACAGAUAUGAAUAUUAAACGAUUACGUGCUAAAAAUCAACUUCAAAAAAAGGUUAAUUGGGUGACCAGUUCUGAUGGACCAUUAGUUCAUAUUUGUAAAGAACUUGCUAAUCAUCCUAUUGAUUUAAAUUCUAUAUCAGAUGAUUCAAUAUAUUCAACAGAUGAAUCUUCAUCAUUAAAUAAAAAUACUUCUGUUGAUCCUGUAUUUCAAUGCAAAAUUUGUUUAACUUAUCAGGCAUCUCCUCACAUUAUUUCUAUGAGAUGUCAUCAUCUUGGAAUUUGUUUUAAACAAUGUUUUCCUAAAUGGAUGACGUGUGCCACUUGCGGCUAUGCACUGGGAAAGACAAUACGUAUAUUUGGUGCUUAA